AUGAAGUUUUGGUUAACUUCAAUCACCACAGUUUUAACAUCGGUAUUAAUAUACUUCUUCUUUUACAACACUAACAACACCACCACCACGACUCAAUCACCACGAUCACCACCACCACAACCUCCAUCAAACAACAUGUCCACUAUUUCUAAAUUUAUCAAACAUCAAGGCCCAGUCUUACCGUCGUACUUUUUUUCCCAUGGUGGGCCUACAUUCAUGUAUGAAAAUGAUUCAUUUGGUAAUAAAGGCGCUUGGAAUAAAGUCCGCACUAUUGGGCAACAAAUUAAAUCAUUAUCACCUGGUGAAAAGCCCGAUUAUAUCAUUGUUGUCAGUGCCCAUUGGCAAAGUGACGCUCCCAACACAAUUGAAAUUGGCACCACUUGGACAAACAAUGGCAAUGGCGAGAACCCCUUGGUUUAUGAUUUUUAUGGAUUUCCUAAACACAUGUAUGCUGAGGAAUUCCACAGUUGUAAUAAUGCUGCUGUAGCCAAUGCCAUCAAGUCGAAAUUGGACGAGUCGGGAUUCAAUGCUGAAUUAACUGAACGUGGGAUAGACCAUGGCGUAUGGGUCCCGUUCAAAGUUGCAUUCAGCGGAUACAAUACGUUAACUGAGCCACAACCCGAUUAUAAAGAGAAACGAGAGUUGGAUUUACCUGAUAUUUCCAUUAUACAAGUGUCAUUAACUUCCAAUGAUAGUGACUUCAACUCUCACUACAAAUUGGGCCAAACACUAGACUUUUUCCGACAUCAUCAAAUCUGGGAUGAAUCUCGUCAAAAAUAUCUUAAAGGCUUGGUUGUGUGCUCAGGAAUGUCAGUUCACAACUUGCGUGAUUUAGGAUUUGCCAUGCAUUAUAUGGAAAGAAAUCCCACAGCUAAAGCAUUGCCAUAUGUAAAACCAUUUAACGAUUUAGUGAAACUGAUUGUUGAAACUAAUGAUUCGAAAAGUACAAUUACUAGAUUAUCACAAUUGAAUGAUUUGCAAAAGAACCCAUUGCUAAGAAAAGCCCAUCCUUCAUUGGAACAUUUCUUACCUUUGGUUGUUGCUUGUGGAAUUGCCAAUGAUUCCAAUCAAAAUAUUAAAGAGAUUUACAAUGAUGAGUUGGGUAGUUUAGGAUGGGGAAUUUACCAAGUAGGUAACACUAUCGAGUCUAAAAUGUAA